CACACUGCCCUCCUCCUACCCCGCGCAGAUAAGCCCCAUCCCUGGUUCUAGAAACACGCAGCCAGCAGAACACCAAGCUCGCCACGCAUCGUCGCGCAACACCUCGCCAGCCGCGAAAAGCCGUCGCCAUCGCUGCUCUCGCAAGAACGCGGCCAGCAGCAAGGAGGCAGCGUCAAUGGCGACCAUAGCCACGAUGGCCAUGCUCAAGCCCGCCAAGAUCCUGGCGCGGUCGGCGCCGUCCACCUGCGGCAGCAACAAGGUGCAGAGCGUCUCGCUGCGCAGCCUGCAGAAGGGCGCGGGCAAGAAGGGCGUCCUGGCGGUGUCGUCUCCGGCGGCCGCGGCCAUGGCGGGAGCCUUCUUCUCGGCGCUGGCGUCGUCGGACGCGGCGCUCGCGGCGCAGCAGAUCGCCGACGUGGCGGCGGACGCCGGCAGCGACAACCGGGGCACGCUGCUGCUCAUCGUGGUGGCGCCGGCCAUCGGGUGGGUGCUCUACAACAUCCUGCAGCCGGCGCUGAACCAGCUGAACCGCAUGCGCAGCCAGGCGCUCAUCGCGGGCCUGGGCCUCGGCGCGGCGGGUUUGGCGUGCGCGCCCGAGGCCUCCGCAGUCCAGGACCUCGCCGCGGUGGCGGCGGCGGCUCCGGCCGACGACAACCGGGGCCUGCUGCUGCUGAUCGUGGUGGCGCCGGCCAUCGGGUGGGUGCUGUUCAACAUCCUGCAGCCGGCGCUCAACCAGCUCAACCGCAUGCGAUCCGACUGAGCGCGCCAUGCGUGCGUGCGUGCGUCAAGAGUGUGCAUGCAUGUAUGCCAGUGUGCGUCCGUGUAGUAAGGAUGGUAGAACUACAAGUGGUCUACGUACCAUGUGUUUCAAUCCUCAUUCUUGAACAGAUGCAGCUCUUUCUCUCC